AUGUCAGGCUGGUUUCCUUGCCAUGAUUCAGGCACGAGUAUAUCCCAAAAUUACGUGUGUAAUGGACGGUACGAAUGCGACAGUUAUGAAGAUGAGAAACCAUGUGAUCGUUCACCAACCAACAUCAGAGAAGAUGAAUCUUAUGCCAUCUCAAAUUUGGAUUUAUAUGAACGGGAAUAUCACGUCUUCGUUUUACAAACCAACUCAUCCUAUGGAUUCCAAAUCAAGUUCCAACAUGUCUUUCUUAACUGUUGUGGAAUGCGUGUUCAGAUCGGGACUGGGACUGACCCAUUCGAUGACAGGUCUGUAGUAAAGGCCAUAGAGGAUGACACAAAUUAUGUUGACGACGUUUUCGUGAGAACGAGUCACAUGUGGCUGGUCAUGGCAGGUGGAAAAUACUCAAAUGUUGGUCAUGUCGAUAUCAUUGUCACUGCAAUUCUUGUUUCUGCUGGAUCGGAGAAGCCCCCCAGUUAUAGCGCCGCCACCGGCGGGCAGGUACAUAAAACCCCCAAACCGAAUCGGUGUAUAGAUACCAUGGGCCAUGUGAGAUGCAUUAUCUUUGUCUGGAAUCCCAUCGGCUAA